GCAUGGUUUGGGCACCCACCUUCUCCAUCUCACAUUUACACUCCCUCGUCUGGCACCACUGGGGACGCGCCGCCCACCCCAGCCGGCAGCUCUAGAGAGAAUCCUCUCCGCGGGUCUAGAACACCUCCUUGGGUCUGUGACCAGGAGAAUAGCACUGAACGUGGGUCGGGACAGGAUCUUUCCUAUUCUGCGCAGACGAGUCCCAACUCUGCCACUCCUUGGUCCAGCCCUGCGGUGACCCCAAGAUUCGUGACCUGGCCAUUGGCGUGGGUCACCCUCAGGCGGUGGAAGCCGCGCAGGGCAGGGACGACCAGCGAUCGCGGCGCAGGAACCUGGUGGGGAAGGUGCUGCCGGGCACACCCGGGACAGCGCGCGGUGUCCAGCAACUGUGCCCCCCUCCUUCCCGCCAGCGGCCACAGUCCCGGAGGCAGCAGCUGCAGCAGCGGCAACUGCUCGCAUCCCGGCCCAGCUCGGGUUACUCCCCUCCUCCUCCAGCAUCUCGGGCCAGACGGGCAAACCUCGUUCAAGUUUGCAGCAAGUACUUUCCUAGUGCGCAAAACUGGGGGGCUGGAAACUGGUUAAGACCUGCUUCCUUUCCCGCGUGUCCACCUUUGCGCGUAAACGAAGACUCCCAAGUGUUGCUGUCUUGUGGGACAUUGUUUGGAACCGAUUUUGUUUUUCGGCAGGCGUAGGGUGAAGAGCGGGGGAAAAAAAGGUUGCGCUUCGAAUCUCAGGAUCUCGGGAUCUGCAAGAAGUCAUCCAUCCAACCAUGGGCAUCAUUCUGAUUCCUUCACUUCAUCAAGUAUCAGUAACAUGUGGCUGUUAUUCUUCAGAAAAAAUGGUUAUUUCUUUGAACUCGUGCCUGGGCUUUAUCUGUUUAUUGUUAUGCCGCUGGAUUGGGACUGCAUCACCUUUGAAUCUUGAAGAUCCUAAUGUGUGUAGCCAUUGGGAAAGCUACUCAGUGACUGUGCAAGAGUCAUACCCACAUCCCUUUGAUCAAAUUUACUACACUAGCUGCACUGAUAUUCUCAACUGGUUUAAAUGCACACGGCACAGAAUCAGUUAUCGGACAGCCUAUCGACAUGGGGAAAAAACUAUGUAUAGGCGCAAAUCCCAGUGUUGUCCUGGAUUUUAUGAAAGCAGGGAAAUGUGUGUCCCCCACUGCACUGACAAAUGUGUCCAUGGUCACUGCAUUGCUCCAAACACCUGUCAGUGUGAGCCUGGCUGGGGUGGGACCAACUGCUCCAGUGCCUGCGACGGUGAUCACUGGGGACCCCAUUGCAGCAGCCGAUGCCAGUGCAAAAAUGGGGCUCUGUGCAACCCCAUCACAGGGGCUUGCCACUGUGCUGCAGGCUUCCGGGGCUGGCGCUGCGAGGGACGCUGUGAGCAGGGCACCUACGGUAAUGACUGUCACCAGAGAUGCCAGUGCCAGAAUGGAGCCACCUGCGACCAUGUCACAGGAGGGUGCCGCUGCCCACCAGGAUACACUGGAGCCUUCUGUGAGGAUCUGUGUCCCCCUGGCAAACAUGGUCCGCAGUGCGAGCAGAGAUGCCCCUGCCAAAAUGGAGGAGUGUGCCAUCACGUCACUGGAGAAUGUUCCUGCCCUUCUGGCUGGAUGGGCACAGUGUGUGGUCAGCCUUGCCCCGAGGGUCGCUUUGGAAAGAACUGUUCCCAGGAAUGUCAGUGCCAUAAUGGAGGGACGUGUGAUGCUGCCACAGGCCAAUGUCACUGCAGUCCAGGAUACACAGGGGAGCGGUGCCAGGACGAAUGUCCCGUUGGGACAUACGGAGUUGGCUGCGCGGAGACCUGCCAGUGCGUCAAUGGAGGGAAGUGCUAUCACGUGAGCGGCGCGUGCCUCUGCGAAGCCGGCUUUGCUGGUGAGCGCUGCGAGGCGCGCCUGUGUCCCGAGGGGCUGUACGGCAUCAAGUGUGACAAGCGGUGUCCCUGCCAUCUGGACCACACACAUAGCUGUCACCCCAUGUCUGGAGAGUGUGCCUGCAAGCCAGGCUGGUCUGGACUCUACUGUAAUGAGACAUGCUCUCCUGGAUUCUACGGGGAAUCUUGCCAGCAGAUCUGCAGCUGCCAAAACGGGGCUGACUGUGACAGUGUGACUGGAAAGUGCACCUGUGCCCCAGGAUUCAAAGGAAUUGACUGCUCCAUCCCAUGCCCUCUGGGAACCUAUGGGAUAAACUGCUCCUCUCACUGUGGUUGUAAAAAUGAUGCCAUCUGCUCCCCUGUGGAUGGUUCUUGCACUUGCAAAGCAGGCUGGCACGGGGUGGACUGCUCCAUCCGCUGUCCCAGCGGCACGUGGGGCUUUGGCUGUAACUUAACAUGCCAGUGCCUCAACGGGGGAGCUUGCAACACCCUGGAUGGAACCUGCACGUGUGCACCAGGAUGGCGUGGAGAGAAAUGCGAACUUCCCUGCCAGGAUGGCACGUAUGGGCUCAACUGUGCUGAGCGCUGUGACUGCAGCCACGCAGAUGGCUGCCACCCCACCUCAGGCCACUGCCGCUGCCUCCCCGGAUGGUCAGGUGUCCACUGUGACAGUGUGUGUGCUGACGGACGCUGGGGCCCCAACUGCUCCCUGCCCUGCUACUGUAAAAAUGGGGCUUCAUGUUCCCCCGACGAUGGCAUCUGUGAGUGUGCGCCAGGAUUCAGAGGCACCACUUGUCAGAGAAUUUGCUCCCCUGGAUUUUAUGGGCAUCGCUGCAGUCAGACGUGUCCGCAGUGUGUGCACAGCAGUGGGCCCUGCCACCACAUCACGGGCCUGUGUGACUGCCUUCCUGGCUUCACAGGUGCCCUCUGCAAUGAGGUAUGUCCCAGUGGCAGAUUUGGAAAAAACUGUGCAGGAAUUUGUACCUGCACCAACAACGGAACCUGUAACCCCAUCGACAGAUCUUGUCAGUGUUAUCCGGGUUGGAUCGGCAGUGACUGCUCUCAACCAUGUCCACCUGCCCACUGGGGCCCGAACUGCAUUCACACGUGCAACUGCCACAACGGGGCCUUCUGCAGUGCCUAUGAUGGGGAAUGCAAAUGCACUCCUGGCUGGACGGGGCUCUACUGCACUCAGAGAUGCCCUCUGGGGUUUUAUGGAAAGGACUGUGCACUGAUAUGCCAGUGUCAGAACGGAGCUGACUGUGACCACAUCUCUGGGCAGUGUACGUGCCGCACUGGAUUCAUGGGGAAGCACUGUGAACAGAAGUGUCCUGCAGGAACCUAUGGCUAUGGCUGUCGCCAGAUAUGUGACUGUCUGAACAACUCUACCUGCGACCACAUCACCGGGACCUGUUAUUGCAGCCCAGGGUGGAAAGGGGCACGAUGUGAUCAAGCUGGUGUUAUAAUCGUUGGGAAUCUGAACAGCCUAAGCCGGACCAGUGCGGCGCUGCCCGCUGACUCCUACCAGGUCGGGGCCAUCGCGGGCGUCAUCAUUCUUGUCCUAGUUGUUCUCUUCCUACUGGCAUUGCUCGUUAUUUAUAGACACAAGCAGAAGGGAAAGGAAUCAAACAUGCCAGCAGUGACCUACACCCCCGCUGUGAGGGUCAUCAAUGCAGAUUAUACCAUUUCAGAAACCCUUCCUCACAGCAAUGGUGGAAAUGCUAACAGCCAUUACUUCACCAACCCCAGUUACCACACUCUUACCCAAUGUGCAACAUCCCCUCACGUCAACAACAGGGACCAGAUAACUAUUGCAAAGUCAAAAAACAAUCAGCUGUUUGUGAAUCUUAAAAACGUGAACCCUGGAAAGAGAGGCCCCAUGGUGGACUGCACGGGCACCCUUCCAGCAGACUGGAAACACGGUGGCUACCUCAACGAGCUCGGUGCUUUUGGACUUGACAGAAGUUAUAUAGGAAAAUCCUUAAAAGACCUGGUAAAGAAUUCUGAAUAUAAUUCCAGUAACUGCUCCCUAAGCAGUUCUGAAAACCCAUAUGCCACUAUUAAAGACCCACCUAUACUUAUUCCCAAAAACUCAGAGUGUGGCUAUGUGGAGAUGAAAUCGCCAGCACGGAGAGAUUCUCCAUAUGCGGAAAUCAAUAACUCCACUCCUGCCAACAGGAAUGUCUACGAAGUCGAACCUACAGUGAGUGUUGUACAAGGAAUAUUCAGCAAUAACGGGCAUCUCACUCAGGAUCCGUAUGACCUCCCAAAAAAUAGUCACAUCCCCUGUCAUUAUGACCUGCUGCCAGUCCGAGACAGUUCGUCCUCCCCCAAGCAAGAGGGUGGCAGUGGCAGUGGCAGCAGCAGCAGCGGCAGCAGCAGUGAAUGACACCAAAGGACACUGGUUAGCCGCUGGAACACUCUCCAGAACUGCAGUUCAGUUCUCCGUCCUCAAGUUAGCCACCAUAUAUGAAUGUUGACUGAUUUGAUAGGCAGUUGUUGGACGUGAACCAGAAAGCUCAAAGCUGAGGCUGACACUGGCUGUAGGCGCUUUUUGUACAGGUGGCUUGGAAGGAGAUACCAAUGUGAUUUCCCAUUGCCGUUAGUUUUAGAACUGCACCCAUGAAGCAUGACUUACUGUCAGAUCCUGGCUAAAAAACAUGAGCUCGCAGAACUCCUUUUGAGACGGGUUGCAGUGGACGUUGGUAUUACUGCUUGAAAAUUGAAAUUUAAAUAUUUUCCUUCUCAUUUUCAUUGUAGAGCUGUACCUAAGAUUGUGCAGUUUAUCAUAAAAUUCACUUCAUAAAAGUGGUGUGAAUCAAUAAACACAGAGAAGAAAAGGGGCAUAUUAUUAAGCCCUUACCAUUUAAUUUUUUUUCAGAUGGACUCAGAAGUGUAGGGAGAAUAUUAACAUAAGAGGAAACAUUCUGUCAAGUGGCAUAACUGGAUAGACUUUAAAUCAAUUAGAAGUGGAUAGCAAAUUUAAACAUGAAAACUUUAGACUUUUCAAAAAUGAGGAAAUGUAAAAUUAGAAUUAUUUUAUAAAUAGUAGAAGGAUUGCAAGAGUCAAUACACUGAUGUGCCAGGCAGAGGUGAUUUUUCUCCCUGUCUGAGCCAUAGCCCCCUUUGGAUCCGCAUUACUCUGAGCACUUGUCCCCAUCAUACACAUUCACCACUUGAGAUCCAUAACAUAUCAAUAAUUAUUUCAUAAAUAAAGAAAUGAAAUAAUUUAAUUUUUGACAGACUGGAUUGAAUGAGUGCGUAAUGAUUGGCAAAGGUUGUAAAUUUUAAGUGUAAGAAGAAGCUUAAGUUUUGUAAACCAUUAGUAAUACAUACUGUAAUAUAAAGUUAACAGAAAGUUUUGAUUAAUUUUUCCCUAGAAGUGACUGAAAUAUUUUUGUGCAUAUUUGAGAAAAGGGCACUUUCCUUUUAUUAAUUGUUGAUUUAGAGAAAUUAUGCUUAAGCUGGUCUUUUGCAUUGCUAAUAUGACAUGUACCCAUUUUUCAUUAAUUUGUAUUUCCAUUUUUAAGUUGCAUAUUCUAUGUUUUGUAGUGUUUGGAUUGUUAAUGAAAAUUUAUUAUAUUAUAUGUUCAUUGUUUCUUGUAUUAUUGCCACACAUCUUUUGCUUGGUAAAAAAAUGCAUUGGUCUCUUUUCUUUUGGAGGGAGGAUAUGAGAAUAUAUAUUAUAAUUCAAAUUUACUAAAACUGAUCAUUACUGAUUAUUACUAAAAUUUUAUCUUAGCCAUAAUACAGAUGGCUUAUGAUUGAAAUGGAGAAGACUUGUUAAUACUCUAAGAUGGAGUUCCUUUUGAUCUCUGAGUUCCCUGAGUCUGGGGCUGCAGCUCGCUAGGUCUCCAGUGAGGAACAUUCCCAUGGUGGUCACUGAAAAGUGACUACAUAGAUUAUAAGUUUGGAGGCUACUUGCAAAGAGCUAUAAAUAUGCUAAUUGUCUUCCUUAUUCAUAUAAACCAUUAGUCGAAGUGAUAUUUGCAAAAGAUCAAUGAGAAACUAUUUGGCAAAACAGGAAGAAGGAGGAAUUUUUACUGCAUGAGUGCCAUGGGCUGAUCUUUCUAAAGACCUUCAUACAGCGGUCCUAUCAUUGACCAUCCAAACUGGGACACUUUUAAGAGUAAAGAAGGGCAUUAUUAAUAUUUAUGCUGCCAUAGGCUUAAAUCAGGUCUGUUCCAUGUACACAGAACGUAUAGCCAUUCUUUGCAUAUGUAUCAUGCAAUAACAUUUUUCGCUCCAAGGUAGGUACCUCAUAAAAAUACAGAUAUGCUGCAAGAAAGGUGGUUUCUGUUUCUUGGAUCUCCCUGAACAAGCAAAGGGGUUGAAAGGCUGAAUUAAGAAGCAACUUCAUAAGGAAAAAUGAUGAUCUUCAUUCUUUUAAAGACAUGAAACCCUUAUGGCAUUAUGUCUCAAUGAAUCAAUUAACAAAUAUGUGGUGUGCACCCAUUUGCCAAUAGUAUACAUAAGGCAUUGUUCCUGCCUAUUAUUGAGCUGAGAUAUUCAGUUAUUUCAUGUUGCAUGCCUGCCCCUGUAAUGGCGAUUUCUUCAGGUGGAUGACAGAACAAACACACUUAGAACUCUCACUCCUUUGAUGGCCAUUUCUCUUAAGGAACCUCAAAGUUAAUUCAAGAAAAUAUGGAAUUGUCUGGAACACACCAUAGAGACAACUGAUUUAUUCUAAUAGUUAACCACUGGCCGAUCCUUGACUAUAGGUUAUAGGGUAUAAGGUAUAAGGAUCUAAUUAAGACAUUUGUGGUUCAGUAGCCAUAAAGAGUCCUUUUUGACAAGAAAAAGCCAAGACAUUAUUUCCUUCUUUGUUAAAGAUCUUUUCAGAGCUCCAUGAUAAGUUUGAGUUUUCCCAUUACUUCCUGGAGAUAGGUUAAAAAAAAAAAAAAGAAAAGAAAUUUUGUUUUCUCAUUCCAUUAUAA